AUGCCCAUCCAUAUGGUUCCCCGAUCGAGCAAGUUUGUGCUCGACCACGACAAACCCAACGAAAGCCGCAGAGUUACCAUCAGUAACCUUCCAUCCGGUGUCAGCAUCGCUCAAGUUCUCAGGGGCGUCCGCGGUUUCGGCUCUGUGGCUGAUGUUUUCCUUUUCGACACGGCGAAGGUCGAUGGCCAGGGCACAAAAGCUGCCGCCAUUGAGUUCGUGUCUGGAACUUCAGCUACAACAUUCGCUUGGUCGGCCAGCUCGACCUUCUACCUCGAGUAUGAGGACAGUGAAGUCCGCCGCACUGCCGACGUGUGGCUCGUCCCUGGGCGAACUCACCGAUCGAAGCUUACUUCUGCAUUCAAGAAUAUUACUCGUCGCUUGAGAAUCGACAAGUUCCCUAUUCACGCUGUCUGGUUCUUCAUUUGCGCCGUGGGCGGCGAGAAGGCGGUCGUUUACGCCGACUACAAUCACAGCGCCGGGUACGAGGCGCUUACCAUUGAGUUCGUGUCCUUGGGUCAUUCCGCUCAGGCUUACGGUUUGCUCCUAAACAAGGAGUUUCCGUUCUACCAUCCCUCCUCUGGAUCCCUACAUUGGAUCGCAGAGGAUGAGACUCGAUUGGGCUUGUCGAGCCCAAGUAAUUCAUCUCACACUCCGGACGAUUCUUCUAACUCAGUCGACCUUCCAUCUUCCGGAUCUAUCAACUAUUUCGCAGACGAUGAGCUUGCAGACGACGGUUCGGAAUCGGACCUGCCAAGCCCGCAUCCUGGCUGCCGCACUCCUCCCGACAACUCCCCCAAGCGCGAAUUCGUGGCAUACAUUGCGCCCAACCAGCUUGCAAUCUCAUUCGACAAGGUCCCAUACAACGAGGACUGGCCGGUCCACAAGUAUCGCAUCAUGGACUUGUAUCACCUCGAACCUCACAGCAGGGAGAAGAUUGAAGAGGCACGCAAGAACGAAGUCGAGAUGCUGGCCAAGUGCCUCGGUCUGAACCGUAAGAAGUGGAGUUGGGAGGCCACGUACGAGGGCUCGUACAAACUGGCCUGCUUCUCCUGGGACACCCUCCUCUCAUCAAUGAACAACCAGCGACUAGAGCGCGUCUGGGGAGCCUUUUUCCACAAGCACCAGCGCCUCACAAUCAACCUCCAGAAAUGGGAGGCCUACGGCCGGCUCGCCCAGCACCGGCGGGAGCUGUGCGAGCAGCAGGGUUUGCCUGACGGGGACAUCCCGAAUUGCUCGGCUGCUUGCGAGUUUGGGUGUUUGGAGAUCAAGGACACUCCCGUCUCUGACGUGAUCCGAGAGUUCCUCGAGCAGGAGUGGAACUAG